AUGGCGCAGGCGCAGCGAGCUCCUGCUACGGGGUUCCUUAAAACCCUUCCGCUAAGAACUGAAGGCUUGGCAGGUGCUGAGCAGUGGCGGUCACAGGUGGUUCAGGACCCAAGGGGAGCCACCAAGGCCGGGAAGAGAGUCCCUCGGACCGGCUGGGUAUACCGAAAUGUGGAAAAUCCUGAGAGUGUGUCUGACCACAUGUACCGCAUGGCGCUGAUGGCCAUGGUGACCAGAGAUGACCGCCUUAACAGGGAUCGAUGCAUACGCCUGGCCCUGGUUCACGACAUGGCAGAGUGCAUCGUUGGGGACAUAGCACCAGCAGAUAACAUCCCCAAGGAAGAAAAGCAUAGGCGAGAAGAGGAAGCCAUGAAGCAGAUAACCCAGCUCCUGCCGGAGGACCUCAGCAAGGAGCUCUAUGACCUGUGGGAAGAGUACGAGACCCAGUCCAGCGCCGAAGCCAGGUUCGUGAAGCAGCUGGACCAAUGUGAGAUGAUCCUGCAGGCGUCUGAGUACGAGGACCUGGAGCGCAGGCCCGGGAGGCUGCAGGACUUCUUCAAUUCCACUGCAGGUGCCCCGCGCCGCCGGCACCCGCCCUGUCUUCUGACAGGGAAAUUCAGUCACCCCGAGAUAGUCCAGCUCGUCUCUGAGCUUGAGGAGGAAAGAAACGCGAACAUCGCUGUAGCCAGGGGGGCAGCCGAGCCCCUGAGCCCUGGGCCAUGCUGAGCAUCUUCUUCCAGUGGCCCUGUGGGCCUUCCCAGCUCCCAGAUGCAAGUCAGCUUUUGGGGAAUCAGCAAGAAAUGUGAUGUCCUCUGGGCCCUCAGAGAAGCAACAGAAACGGUUAUGAAGAUGACCAGGGCGGGGAGGAGAGGCGUGCCUUUUUAAUAAAUAAAAUGUUAAACACCUUAAAUUGUAAAAUGUUUAGUGGCCAUCUUAAGUCAUCUUUUUCUGGCUUAGUGACUCAAUGAAGACUAGGAAAUUUGGUUGUGAUUGGGUCUGAGAACAGAUCCUGCCGACACAGUCCUGAGGACCUGGACAGGACAGUUAGAAGUGAAACCUACCAUUUCUCUCCACGGGUGAAACGGCACCAUAGCCCAUCGUCACUUUUUUGAGCAGAACUUUAAAUCUCGUGCUGCCCUAUCUCAGACCCUGAUUAUAGACUCAGACCCCUCUCCUGCAGUCCUGGGUUGAGGGUAUAAAUGGGGCAUCAGUGUGUCGCUUCCCUUCUGCCUUAGGCGUUUUCUGCACUGCUGAGACAAGCACAGCUUACAGGAAGGGAGGUUUACUUUGACUCACAGUUGUAGAAGUUUCAGCCUAUGUUUUCAGUCACAGUGUUAGAAGUUUCAGUCCAGUCCAGCAUGGUGGAAGGACUUGGAUAGAGAAAAGGGGUUCAUAUCAUGGUGGCCAAGAAACAGAAGGGAGGAGCUGGAGCAAGACGCACCCUUCUAAGCCGCUCCUGACUCGCCUACCCCAGCUGUGCCACCUCCUAACAGCAGUUCAGCUCUGAACCCAUGGUCCAGUCAUUACAAAAGCCCUGCCUGUGAGUGCAUGAUGAGGCUUUGCGGGUUUGCUCUCAACUAAACCCAUGGCGUCUUCCUCUUUGUGCUUUUCUGUCUGAUCUGCAGUUAUUGAGGCUUGGUUUUAAGAACAUUUAUCACUCUGUGAAAAAUAGGAACCCAGGAAGGGUAUUCCUAGAGGUGCUGAGCCUGAGGGCGGUUACAUAUUGCUCUGGUUUCUUUCCAUCCUGUUCCUUCUGUGGGAUUAAGUGAUCCACCCCUGCGUCCCUGUAAGUGACACACAACCAUUGGACAGUGGAAAGGAAGGUCAUUGGUGCAAGCCUGCCUGGUACUUUGCAUGGAGCAGUAAGGCCUGUCCCUUUAAUUGAAAUGACAGUUUCCAUUGGAGGGCAUUCCAGGCUGACAUGGUGAAAAUUUUUAGGCAGCGUUUCUUUGGAAACUUUGCAGUAUCCAUGGAUACCCAGUCUGCAGGAAGCAAGGUGCAUGAUCUCUUCAGAAGCAGCACACACGUGUAUGCAAUUGCUCUGUACUGAAAACAGCAUAGCAUGGUUAUUUCUGGAGAUCUAGUUAAUAGGAAAACAAGUCCAUCAGUCUGUACUGUGGAGAUUUUUCCUCUGGGGAAAAAAAAAAUUAUGUACAAAAAAAUUACCCCACAUAAAGAUCAAGCAUUUAUAACUAUAAGAUUUUUCCAUGGCUGUGGAGUUUUAUUUGGAAUGUUUUGCGGCCAGUUUCAUAAUGCACAACUCACAGAGACCUGGGAAGCCAAUGUUGGGUCAGACUUCACACUGGACCCUUCAUGGUCAUCCAGUUCAUCAUCCGCCCACCAACAAAGUCCUGGUUAGUCUACACCUUCUUGAGGGAGUGUGUUUUUAAUGUUACAGUGCCAGAUGCUAGGAACAAAACACCAUUGUAAUAG